AUGGCUGCUGCUAGAGGUAGAGGUGGUUAAGUCGGUACCAAGGCUAAAGUUUCCUUGGGUCUUCCCGUCGGUGCUGUUAUGAACUGCGCUGAUAACUCCGGUGCUAAGAACUUAUAUACUAUUGCUUGUUUCGGUAUCAAGGGUCACUUGAGCAAGCUCCCCAGUGCUUCCAUUGGUGAUAUGAUUCUCUGCUCCGUCAAGAAGGGUUCCCCCAAGCUCAGAAAGAAAGUUCUCUAAGCUAUCGUCAUCAGACAAAGAAGACCCUGGAGAAGAAGAGAUGGUGUCUUCAUCUACUUCGAAGAUAAUGCUGGUGUUAUUGCUAACCCCAAGGGUGAAAUGAAGGGUUCCCAAAUCACUGGUCCCGUCGCCAAGGAAUGUGCUGACAUCUGGCCCAAGGUUGCUUCCAACGCUGGUUCCGUUGUUUGA